GCGGGGCUGAGCGCGGGCAGAGCUCUUGCCGGGUGGCCGCGCUCGCAGUGGGGCGGCGGCGAGCAUGGCUACGGCGGCGGUGGCUGUGGCCCGUGGGGCCGGGGCGAGGGGGGCGGCGGCAACCCUGCGGGGCGGCUGCGGGACUGCGGCUCGGGGUCGGCCGCGCGCGGGCCCCUCCCGGCCCCUCUGCACUGCACCUGGGACCGCCCCGGACAGGAAGCGCUACCUGUGGGAGCGCUACCAGGAGGCGAAGAGGAGCACGGACGAGUUGGUUCCUUCAAUUAUGAACAACUUGUUGAAUCCAGAUGCCAUUUUCGCCAACAACGAGAUGAGCUUGUCUGACAUUGAAAUCUACGGCUUUGAUUAUGACUAUACCUUGGUGUUUUAUUCGAAGCACCUGCACACACUGAUCUUUAAUGCCGCUCGGGACCUUCUCAUCAAUGAACACCGGUAUCCCGUGGAAAUCAGGAAGUAUGAGUAUGACCCAAGUUUUGCAAUUCGUGGACUUCAUUAUGACGUGCAGCGGGCAGUAUUGAUGAAGAUCGACGCUUUUCAUUACAUCCAGCUGGGAACUGUCUACAGAGGCCUCAGCGUUGUCCCCGAUGAAGAAGUCAUUGAAAUGUACGAGGGGUCCCACGUGCCUUUGGAGCAGAUGAGCGACUUUUAUGGAAAGAGUUCUCACGGAAACACCAUGAAGCAGUUUAUGGACAUCUUCUCCCUGCCGGAGAUGACCCUCCUGUCCUGUGUGAACGAGUACUUCCUGAAGAACAACAUUGACUACGAGCCUGUCCACCUCUACAAAGACGUCAAGGACUCAAUUCGAGACGUGCACAUCAAGGGAAUCAUGUACAGAGCGAUCGAAGCAGAUAUCGAAAAAUACAUCUGCUACGCUGAGCAGACCCGCGCGGUGUUGGCCAAACUGGCGGAUCACGGCAAGAAAAUGUUCCUCAUCACCAACAGCCCCAGCAGCUUUGUGGACAAAGGGAUGAGGUACAUCGUCGGGAAAGACUGGAGGGACCUGUUCGAUGUGGUCAUUGUUCAGGCCGAGAAGCCAAACUUCUUUAACGAUAAGCGGAGACCUUUCCGGAAGGUGAAUGAGAAAGGUGUCUUGCUCUGGGAUAAAAUCCACAAGUUGCAGAAAGGCCAGAUUUACAAGCAGGGCAAUUUGUAUGAGUUUUUGAAGCUUACUGGAUGGAGGGGAUCCAAAGUGUUGUAUUUUGGUGACCACAUCUACAGUGACCUGGCGGAUUUGACCCUGAAGCAUGGCUGGCGAACUGGGGCAAUUAUCCCAGAAUUAAGAUCUGAGCUCAGAAUCAUGAACACGGAGCAGUACGUCCAGACCAUGACCUGGCUGCAGACCCUGACUGGCUUGUUAGAGCAGAUGCAGGUUCACAGAGAUGCCGAGUCACAGCUGGUUUUGCAGGAGUGGAAAAAGGAAAGAAAGGAGAUGAGAGAAAUGACCAAAAGUUUCUUCAAUGCCCAGUUUGGAAGCUUGUUCCGCACAGACCAGAACCCGACCUACUUCCUGAGGCGCCUGUCGCGAUUUGCCGACAUCUACAUGGCGUCUCUGAGCUGCCUCUUGAACUACGAUGUCAACCACACAUUCUACCCCAGGAGGACUCCCCUGCAGCACGAACUUCCCGCGUGGUCUGAGAGGCCCCCCACCUUCAGACUCCCCCUCCUGCAGGAGGCCCAGGCCAAGUAACCAGGUGCCCACCUGUGGAAAAAGCCAGAAACAGCGACGGCUCCAGACUGGGCGGACGUGACAGGGUUGACUUUGUGUGGCUAUGGGUGUUGCUUCGGAAAAGACACAGAUAUGCCUUUUGAUAUUUAUUUUGUAUGUAUGGAGACUACUCCCCAGGCGGUUAAGACAGAAGCCAGCAGCCCAGGUCCCGCCUUCCUGUACCUGUGGGGCUGAAGGGCAAGCUUCACCUUGAAACUCUCUGACCGGCCUUCUUGUUUACUAUGGUACUGUGACUGGCGUCAGUUUUUCUGGAAUGGGUGAGACUUCUCGAUGCCGUGUCUGUAUUCCAGCAGGUGACGUUUUGCUUGACUCUUCAGUGGAAAAUGUACUGAACGUUCACAGGCCGUGCACUGGCAACUGCAGGGCCACAAGGACGUGCAGUGAUAAACUGCGCGCAGAAAGCUUAUGAUUUAGUGAGCUCCACAAUAGCAGAACGCGACAUUCGGUAGCAGAGAUGAUCCCCAAACAGCAGUGUCCCCCAGAUCGCUCUGCCCGAGGGCUUUGGCAUCAUUCUGGUGCCUCCCUUGAGAGGAGACAGCCUCCCUGGAAAGUCUCACGUGAGAAAGAACGAGAGAUGCUGCAGGUCCUUGUCCCUGGAUCGUCCUCAGUAUCCACUUCCUGUGUCCUACCCCACCCCGGGGAAGGACAAAUGGUGCCCAUAGUGAUGGGCGGGUUCGCUCUCUUCCCCAGAGAAGGAGGGUGAGGAGAGAUGAGUUCUGGUUAAAUUUCCAGCUAGCAGAACAGACACUGUAGAACAGGGCUGCGAGAAACGAGUGGAUCAGAAGAGCAACGCGUUUGUGGUGGGUCUCCCAGGAGCUUCUUACAGCUGAAAAGGCCACGCGUGUUGGUUUAAUGUGCUCAUUAGAGGAGAGAAAAUGAACCAGAAAAAAAUUGUCCUUGUAAUGAAAUGCCUCAGCCAUGACCCCCACUGGGUUCUGCUGGAAUCUUGUUAGAACACAUGCACGGCACACCAGAAACCCUCCUGGUCUGGAGGGCAGCCACAGCUGCCUGCCUCUCUCGUGGAUAUCAGCCGAGGAGAGGGGCUUGAAUUCAGCGGGGGGCGGGGCCCCACUGCUUAGCCAUCUCCCUCCCUCUCCUCCCCUUCAAUUUCUUCAAUUUCUUCGCUGUCGUGUUUGUGCUAUUUUGGGAGUUUGGAUGCUUUUCUUCAGGUGUCUGUGUUUAAGGUGGGAGAGGAUAAAGGGCCUUGAAAAUAAGAGAAAAAGAGUUGGAAAUGACCCAGCUGUUUCUCAUUUCUUUCUAAGGACAAUGCAAGUGACACAUAUCUUCAAACCUAAAAGAUGGCAGAUACAGGAACGGGGCUGUGUGGAGUGCCUGCUUAUUCAGCAUUGUUAAUGUAUAGAUGUAUCAGAGGCAGCUGUUGAUGAAACGCUAGCCCGGCAUUCCAUAGGCCUCCUUCCAGAAUGUACCAAUUCAGCGAGUAAGUUAAAUAGCAUGCUCUGUGAUGCCGCUUGUUAUAAUGGCAUUUUACUUGUGAUGUUUUCUUGUAUUUAACUCUUAAUAGUGAAGGUGACCUUUUAGACCCCAUAGACCCAACCAGGCCCCCUUUUGUUCUUCUCAAUUUUAUUAUGAACACAGUGGUUCGUUCCUUGUUCGGAAUGGGGUGAGCAUUUUGUUGGCUGUGUUAGCUCCUAGGUGUUUGAAGCAUCAAAGGGUAUUGGAGACUGGCAUUUACGGGGUGCAGGUGGAUGCCCAGCACUGCUCUAUGCUGGGGUCCUCCAAGGACACGCCACUGCUUUUGUCCUAUAGUUUCUGCUUUGGAGAAGCCGACUGAGGAAGUGGGUAUUUUUAAAAAAAUUUCUUAGUUUUUAUCCACUCAGAUAUUCAUUGGAUAUCUCCUAGGUGCCAGUUACAAAGUGUUUUGUUUACUUAAGAAUGAAGUGAACUCUUUUUAAAACCUGCUUUCUUUAUGGGUAGGUUAGGUGAUCUAAGCCUUUGGGGAGAAAUACAUUUUCUGGGUAUGAAUAAUGAAUUUUAUGAUUUAUUACCAAUUAAAGUUUCAGUCUCUGGGCCCCUGAACAUGGUGGUGGUAUUGAGAGCUGCCAUGGGGCAGAAGCCUGGCAUUGGUCUCAGCAGGGCCCACCGGGCGUGCGCCUGGCGGACUGCAACCCCAUGCCGGGGCCUGGAGUGCGGGGCCGGAUGGCCGUCUCCACCUGAAGGGCAGCGGCGUUCUCCUUGUCUGCACUUGAGAAGGACUUACUGUGUCGCUGUCACGGCUCUUCUGGGAUUGGCCCACUGCACUGGGCGUUUUGUUCUUUCCCGUUUGUUCUCUGGUGUGCACGUUGAUGAAAGCAUUUUGGUACAAGGGAAGUGAGUUGGUUUUCUACCAUUUAAACAAUCAAUUUGGAAAGUGCACAUUGAAACAUUUUCUGUUUUUAGCUUUGGUUAGACUGAUUUUCUUUCUUUCUUUUUUUUUUAAAGAUUGGCACCUGAGCUAAUAUCUGUUGCCAAUCUUCUUUUUUUCUUCUUUUUCUUCUCCCCCGCAAAGCCCCUGCAGUAUAUAGUUGGACAUCCUAGUUGUAGGUCCUCUGGUUGUGGCAUGUGGGAUGCCGCCUCAGUGUGGCCUGAUGAGCGGUGCCGCGUCCGCGCCCAGGAUCCAAAUCAGCAAAACCCCGGGCCACCGAAGCGGAGCGCGCGAACUUAACCGCUUGGUCACGGGGCCAGCCCCUAGACCGAUUUUCUAAGAAUUAUGUGAACGAAAAUUCAUAGUCCAGGAGCAGUCCGUGCCAGCUGUGGCGGUUCAGCAAGGCUCAUGGUAGCCAGAGUAGGUUGCCUUGGAGGGGGCCUGUACAGCUGAUGUCCCAGAGUUUCUUUUACUGAUGAAACCUGGCUUUUCAGCUAUUUUAGGAGCUUGGCUUAGAGCUCCCACUUUCCUCCUAACAUAGCCUCUUUUUUUCCUUUUUUAAAUUCUCUUCAGCUCAUUUUCUGCUAUCACCAUGUGACAUAAACCAACUGUUACUGAUUUGGCAUGUCUCAGACUAAAUUACCAGUUGCUUUGAAUGCGUCGGCCCACUUAAUUAUUGCAAAGGAGAAAUGAGAAGUAAUCUUUCCUCCGAGCUAAUUUAGCUUUGAGUGAACUAAAUGGCGUUUCCUCGCUUCCUCCCCAAAGGCCUUUUACGCAGUAGAGAGUGUGCUAAAUAGGGGAAUUGAAUUCCUCUAUGCUGAAUGCUCGUUUGCUGCCAAAGAUCCACUUGGGGGCCCUUGUCUAGAAAGCUCUAAGACUAAAUUUGGCCAGAGCCAGGCUGCUGAUUGCUCUCUUCAGCUGCUAGGGAGCUUAUGUUUUGCCCUCUUAAUGUUCCUUUCCUUUGGUACCAAUUUCCUUUUUUUGUUUUCAUUAGUAUUUGGGAGUUUGGCUCCAAGUUCAGCUAACCUUUAACACCACUAGUGGGUUGAGGUGAGGAAAGGGGGUGAAGUUUCUCUAAUGCAGCGUUCAGCAAACUUCCCCUGGAAAGGGCCAGAUCGUAAAUAUUUUUGGCUUUAUGGGCCACCUCUGUCGCUGCUACUCUAGGAAUGGGCACAGCUGUGUUCCAUUACACCUUGAGCGUCAGAAGCAGGCUGUAGGGUGGAUAUGGCCCUUGGGCCGUAGUUUGCCCACCCCUGCCAUAGUGGGUUGAGUUGGUGACAAUGACAGGAUCACCCUGCUGAAAGCUGGCAGAUGAAGGACCUCCCGGUUGGGUGUGGAUGGUAGAAAGGAGUUCUGUAGGUGAGUGCCCCACAUCCCCCAGGGCUGCUCUCUGCGCGUAUGUUCAUAUGUGGCCAGUGGUAAAGUACCGUGUUCCAGCACGUGGCGUAACUGUCGUCAUGUGUAAUUGAGCUCCCAGGCCCGGGCACGAGUUGAUAUACCUCUCAUUGCACUAGUUUGUGAUUGUGCUAGUCGUGGGCGAUGGGCUUGGCUGCCCAGAUAACCCUUCAGGACCGAAGAAGGACUGACUCCCCCAGCUCCCAGCGGUGUGCUGGCCGUCCCAGCUGCUGGCCCUCUUUGGGAGUUUCCCCUGCUGAGAAGCCCUGCCUCCGACAAGGUCAUGCCCCUUCCUGGAGCAGCCGGUAGCCUGUGACUGCCCAACUCUGAGGGCCCAUCCCAGCUCCAGAGUCCCCCUGGGGUCAGCCGAGGCCUCUCUGUGUCUGCAUGGCAGCCCAGCUCCUCCUCCUGCCAGCCCUGCUUCGCUCUCCCUCACCCCGUCCCUUCCCUUCUGUUGAUACCGACAACACCGCCCUGUAGAUUUCCAGCGCGCGCAUCUCCAUCCGCAUCGUCCUAGGGAGCCCAGCCCACAGCAGUGCUUCUGUGCUCUUCUCGUUCUGCAGGCCUGAACUCUGACUUCGGAAACUGUUUUGUAAUCAUUUAGUAGAGUGACAAAUGGUGCCUGUAUGAUCACAUCAGGCACAAGAAAUGCAAACUAGGUAGACUUACUGUUUAUUCUGAAUGUGAAUUUGCUAUUUAUUCUACAUGUUGAUUUUAUGUUAUAUGAUAUGGAACUUAUUGCCAAAUAAAAGUUUGAAUUGUAUCGUCCA